AUGGCGGCCACCCGUCUCACAAUGAGGUCUUUCCUCGGUCUUCUCUUUCUCUUGUUCGUUCAACUCACCUCCGCCCUGAAGUUCGACCUCUCUGCCGUGAGCGGGAAGAACGAGCGAUGUAUACGCAACUUCGUCUUCAAGGACCAGCUUGUGGUCGUCACGGCCAUUGUGAGCGGAAACAAGGGUGAUGGUCAGGUUGUUAACAUGCAUAUCAAGGAUGCGCUGGGCAAUGACCACGGUCGUCCUAAGGAUAUUGCCGGAGAGACUCGCCAGGCCUUCACUUCUCCCGCUGAUACUGCCUUCGAUGUUUGCUUUGACAACCAGCUCACCACUCGUCACGCCGUUGCCAACCCCUACAAGUCCAUCGAGCUCGACGUCGACAUCGGCGCUGAUGCCCGUGACUGGUCUAGCAUUCAGGUCCAGGAGAAGCUCAAGCCUGUUGAGACCGACCUCCGCCGUAUCGAGGAGAUGGUGGCCGAGAUUGUCAGCGAGAUGGAGUACCUGCGCGCUCGUGAGCAGAAGCUGCGUGACACCAACGAGAGCACGAAUGAGCGUGUGAAGUGGUUCGCAUUCGGUACUAUGGGUAUGCUGGUUGGAUUGGGUGCUUGGCAGGUUGUGUAUCUGAGGGCUUACUUCAGAUCCAAGCACCUUAUCUAG